AUGUGCUUGAACCACCCAUACAACGCCCAGUACAUCCAGGAUUUCGUCGCCAGGCUCAGCAGAAGCAUGCGAAAGCGCGCGAUCAGACAAUGCAAGGCGACGUCGAUAUUCACGAAGAGAGCUGCCGUCUGCGCCUACUGUAGCAGGGUCGUUAUUUUCAACAGGGCCUACGAUUUGUACCGACUCUGUGCGCACAUGCGCAAUUACCACUAUUCCUACGGCCGGGUCUGGGCGGACGGCGUGUUGGACGAUACCCAGACCGAGGGAUGGGAGGGGUUGCCGCUGGGUCCUCGGGUGAGGGUCAGCGCUAGCUUGCAGCAGCAGUUGGCCGAGGGAGGAACCGAGACGAUACGGGGUGCGGGUUAUGUUAGUGCAGUGACCUUCAGCGAGGCGCAACACAUCGUCUACCUUUGA